UCUGUUGUUUUUUUUCUUUUAGACUCCAGAGACUUAUUAAAGGAAUUUCCACAGCCUAAAAACUUGCUCAACAGCGUGAUUGGACGAGCCCUGGGCAUUUCUCAUGCGAGGGACAAGCUGGUGUACAUCCACACCAAUGGGCCAAGAAAAAAGAAAGUCACUCUGCAUAUAAAGUGGCCUAAGAAUGUGGAAGUGGAAGGCUAUGGGACCAAGAAGAUCGAUGCCGAGAGGCAGGCAGCAGCUGCAGCAUGUCAGCUCUUCAAGGGUUGGGGUUUGCUGGGGCCCAGAAAUGAGCUCUUCGAUGCUGCAAAGUACCGUCUCCUUGCUGACCAGCUUGGCUGUCCCGAUGAGAGGUGGUGCUCAGAGGGCAAGUGGCGUUCCAAGUCUGGACCAUCUCUUGCCGACUUGUCAACCUGCUGGCGACGGAUGGAACCAGAUGAUUCCAUCCAGCCCAUGGAACAGGGCAGGAUGCCUAAAGCAAUGAGAAGAGAAGAGCUGGAGGAAGGGGAGCUAGAGGAAGGGGAACUGGAGGAAGGAGAGCUGGAAGAAGAAGCAAUCGAUGUUUCUGAUUAUCUACCUAUGGCACAUCCAGAUGCUCGAACCCCGGGCAGAGAUGCAAGCCGAGGAGGGAGUUCCAUUGAAAUGACAGAUGACAACACUGCCAUCCGUGCCCUGACGCAGUUCCCACUUCCCAAAAAUCUCCUUGCCCAAGUGAUUCAGAUUGCAACCUCUUCCUCCACAGUCAAGGAAUACAUGCAGUUCCGUACAGUAGGCACCAAGACCAAGAUCUGCAAGCUCACGCUCCGCUGGCCCUGUCCCAUGACUUUUGCUGCCAAGGGCCGUCGCAAGGUGGAGGCAGAAAACAAAGCAGCAGCACUGGCCUGUCAGAAGCUGAAGAGCCUUGGCUUGGUGGACAAGAACAACAACCCUCUCAGCCAUGCUAUGUACAACAUGACUUCACUGCGGGAGCUUGGUGAGAACCAGCGGAAACCCUGCCACAUCAAAGUCCCUGAGGCAACCCUGCGCAAGAUUGAGAACUAUCUGAAUCACUAUCCAGUGGACAUCAGGGAAUCCAGGCCCCGGAUUGCAGAUGACAUGAUGAAUCUGAGCAAGGAAUCUGGUGCCAUAAGUGACGCAAUCACAGGGAAGACAUACAUACCCAUGUUGGAAGCAGAAGAAGUACGCCUUAGCCAGAAUCUCCUGGCCCUCUGGAAAAGGAGAGGAUCCUCGUGGCAGGAGAGCCACCCGCUGCCAGUAGAUCCUCACAAGGACACCAUCCUGUCGGCUAUUGAGCAGAACCCUGUUGUGGUAAUAGCAGGAGAUACAGGCUGUGGGAAAACCACCAGGAUCCCUCAGCUUCUGCUGGAACACUACAUCCUGGAGGGACGUGGUGCCCGCUGCAACGUAGUGAUCACUCAGCCAAGGAGGAUCAGUGCCAUCUCAGUUGCCCAGCGUGUGGCACAAGAGUUGGGUCCCAAUAUGAGGAAGAAUGUGGGCUAUCAGGUGCGACUGGAGAGCAAGCCACCUGCCAGGGGAGGAGCUCUUCUUUUCUGCACCGUGGGCAUCCUGCUGCGGAAGCUGCAGGGGAACCCCAGCCUGGAGGGUGUCAGCCAUGUUGUAGUCGAUGAGGUCCACGAGCGAGAUGUCAACACCGAUUUCCUGCUCAUCCUGCUAAAGGGCAUCCAGAAGCUCAACCCUGACCUGCGCCUGGUCUUAAUGAGUGCCACAGGAGACAAUCAACGUUUCUCACAUUAUUUUGGGGAUUGCCCUGUGGUCAAGGUGCCGGGUUUCAUGUACCCAGUGAAGGAAUACUAUUUGGAGGAGAUCUUGGCCAAGCUGGGCCGGCACCGACACCGGCACUAUGAGAUCAAGCAAUCUGAUGAUGAAUGUGUCCUUGAUCUUGAUCUCAUCACUGACCUAGUACUCCAGAUUGAUGCCCAUGGAGAACCAGGUGGGAUCCUCUGCUUCCUCCCUGGCUGGCAGGAAAUCAAAGGAGUGCAGCAGCGCCUGCUCGAGAUGCUCGGGUCUCAGAACAGCCGGUACCUUGUCUUACCAGUGCACUCCAACAUCCCCAUGAUGGACCAGCAAAACAUCUUCCAGAGGCCUCCACCUGGCGUCAGGAAGAUUGUCCUGGCUACCAACAUCGCUGAGACCUCCAUCACCAUCAAUGACAUUGUCCAUGUGGUGGACAGUGGCACGCACAAGGAGGAACGCUAUGAUCUAAAGACCAAGGUGUCCUGCCUGGAAACGGUGUGGGUGUCCAAGUCAAAUGUGGUGCAGAGGCGAGGGCGUGCUGGUCGCUGUCAGUCAGGAUUUGCCUAUCACCUCUUCCCACGCAGCCGCCUGGACAAGAUGCCAACUUACCAGGUUCCAGAGAUCCUACGCACCCCACUGGAGAACCUGGUGGUGCAGGCCAAGAUCCACAUGCCAGAGAAAACGGCAGUUGAAUUUCUCUCAAAGGCUCUGGACAGCCCUGACAUCAAAGCUGUGGAUGAAGCAGUGAUCUUGCUGCAGGAGAUCGGAGUCCUGGACCAGCGAGAAGCCCUCACCACCCUGGGUAAGCGCCUUGCCCAGAUCUCCACAGAUCCUCGGCUAGCAAAGGCCAUUGUCUUGGCAUCCAUCUACCGUUGCCUCCACCCGCUGCUCGUCAUCGUUUCCUGCCUCACCCGAGACCCCUUCAGCAGCAGCCUGCAAAACCGUGCAGAGGUGGACAAGGCCAAGGCUGUUCUGAGCCGGGAGAGUGGGAGUGAUCACCUCGCAUUUGUCAGGGCCGUGGCAGGCUGGGAGGAGGUGCUGAGGCGUAGAGACAGUCGUGCCAGGGAUAACUACCUGCAGGACUACUACCUGUAUGGCCCCAGCCUUCGCUUCAUCAAUGGCCUUGUCAAGCAGUUCUCUGAGAACCUCUAUGAAGCCUUCUUGGUGUCGUCCCCAUCUGACUGUACCAUGCCAUCCUCUGUAUGUAACCAGUACAGUGAAGAGGAAGAACUUGUCAAGGGAGUCCUUAUGGCUGGGCUCUACCCUAACCUCAUCCAGGUGAGACAAGGCAAAGUGACCCGACAGGGGAAGUUCAAACCCAACAGCUACGCAUAUAGGACAAAGGCUGGCACUGUUCUGCUCCACAAGUCAACAAUCAACAGGGAGGCGUCCAAGCUGUACAGCCGCUGGCUAACAUACUUCAUGGCGGUGAAGUCCAACGGUGGGGUGUUUGUGCGGGACUCCUCCCAGGUCCACCCGCUGGCCGUGCUGCUCAUGACCGACACAGAUAUCCACGUCCGAGAUGAUGGCUGGCGAGCAACAGUCUCCCUGACAGACAGUGAUCUCCUGGUGCUGGAGGGAGACUCCUACACCAUACGCCUCCUGCGUGAUUUCCGUGUGUCGCUCUCCAAGAUGGUGGAGACGUGUCUGUGCUAUGAGAUGGCAGCCAUCCCUGGGGACCUGCACCACCAGCACAGCCAGCUGCUCGACAUCCUGGUGGAUCUGCUCAAAGGCCCUCCUGGCAGCUUUGGUGCUUAGGCAGAGCUGGAGGAUUGUGUGGGGACUUGUAAUUUGUAUAAAGAUGUUCACAAAUGUUUAUUUAAAUAAAGUUCUAUUUAUCCCUUGUGAAGUCAUCUCUCUCCAUCCUAGAAGAUUAAUGUUGUCUGAAUCUCCUGCUGUCGGCUCCGUGCAUGGUCAACGCAUAGGAAGAGCCAGCGCUGUACUGCCGGGAAUGGACUGGGAGUACCAACGGCCCCUGACGCGAGCUUCAUGGACACCCAC